AUGAGAGGCAUCGCUGUUUUCCUUGCUUUCAUAUCAAUAAUAUUUGCCUCCCCAUUGACUGUAAAGUCACCUCUUGCGGACGACUUUUAUAAUGCCCCUGAUGGUUACGAGUCUGCAAAAUUAGGAGAAAUUUUAAAGCUUAGAAAGACCCCUAAUAAGCUCAGCAGUAUGUUCUUUGAAAUUGAUAUUAAAAAUUCAUGGCAACUUUUGGUUAGAUCUGAAGAUUCAUUUGGAAAUGCAACAGCAAUUGUUACCACAGUUAUUGAACCUUACAACGCUGACCCAUCGAAGGUCCUUUCUUAUCAGACUUUUGAGGAUUCCUCCAAUAUUGAAUGUUCACCUUCUUAUGGUAUGCAGUAUGGUGCUCCAUGGUCAACUGUAGCUACUCAAGUCGACAUGACAUUAAUGGUCCCCAUGUUGAAACAAGGUUAUUACAUUGUCAGUCCUGACUAUGAAGGGCCAAAAUCCACAUUUACUGUUGGUAGGCAAUCUGGAAAAGCCACCUUGGAUUCCAUUAGAGCAAUCUUAAAAUCCAACAAAUAUACUGGAAUUAACAGCGAUGCAAAAGUUGCCAUGUGGGGAUAUUCUGGUGGUUCAUUAGCUUCUGGUUGGGCUGCAGCAUUGCAACCUAAAUAUGCACCAGAAUUAAAGAAAAAUUUGAUUGGUGCAGCUCUUGGUGGGUUUGUCACUAAUAUUACCGCUACUGCUGAAGCCACUGAUGGUGGGUUAUUUGCUGGAUUGGUUCCAAAUGCUUUAAGUGGAUUAGCUAAUGAGUAUCCUGAUUUCAAGGAAGCUCUUUUUGAAAAAGUCUCCAAAGCUGCUACUGACAAUUUACGUCAAGGUACUGAACACUGUAUGGGUGGGGCUAUUCUUUUUUUCGCUAAUGAUCAGUAUUUCACUGGAGAAGAUAGAGCUUUUCCUGGAGGUUAUGGAUUACUUAAGGAUGAAGUGGUGAACAGAACUAUUCUGGAAAAUAAUUUGAUGGAAAUGGACAAAGAUUAUCUACCAGACAUUCCAAUCUUUGUGUAUCAUGGCUCGUUGGAUUCCAUUGUUCCAAUCACCAAUGUCCAUGCCACUUAUGAAAACUGGUGUGAUUGGGGGAUUGAAUCAUUUGAAUUUUCUGAGGAUUUAUUAAAUGGUCAUAUCACUGAAACCCUUGUUGGGGCUCCGGCAGCCAUCACAUGGUUAGAAGCAAGAUUUGACGGUUUACCAGUUGUCAAGGGAUGUAAGAAAACUUCCAGAAUUACCAAUUUUUCUUAUCCAAACGUUUCCGACUCAACGAAUUCUUACUUCGAAGGGAUUCUUAAUUCAAUUACUGGGUCUGAAUUGGGUCCUGGUGUCACAUCUGAUAACAUUACAUUGGACGGAUUAACUGGGUUUUUGGGCAACUUUAUCGACUUAAAUUAG